GGCCCUAUUUCCUGGGACCGGGCUCCGGCCACCAUCGCCCAUCGUGCAGCCUGCCCUCCCGCCACCCGCCGCCAUGGGCCUGGAGCUCUACCUGGACCUGCUGUCGCAGCCCUGCCGCGCCGUCUACAUCUUCGCCAAGAAGAUCGGCGUCCCCUUCGAGCUGCGCCCCGUGGAGCUGCUCAAAGGCCAGCACCUCAGCGAGGACUUUGCCCUGGUGAACCCCGUCCAGAAGGUGCCGGCCCUGAAGGACGGUGACUUCACCUUGACCGAGAGCGUGGCCAUCCUACUCUACCUGACCCGCAAGUUCAAGGUCCCUGACCACUGGUACCCUCAGGAGCUGCAGGCUCGUGCCCGCGUGGAUGAGUACCUGUCCUGGCAGCACACGAACCUGCGGAGGCACUGCCUCCGGGUCCUGUGGCAUAAGAUCAUGUUCCCGGUCGUCCUGGGCGAGCCCGUCUCUCCCGAGGUCCUGGAAAUCACCCUGGCAGAGCUGGAUCUGACCCUGCAGAUCCUGGAAGACAAUUUCCUCCAGGACAAGGCCUUUCUGGUGGGGCCCCACAUUUCCCUGGCGGACCUGGUAGCCAUCACGGAGCUGAUGCACCCCGUGAGUGCCGGCUGCCCGAUCUUUGACAGCCGACCCAAGCUAGCUGCAUGGAGCCAGCGCGUGGAGGCCGAGCUGGGGCCGCCCCUUUUCCAAGAGGCCCACGAAGUCAUCCUGAAGGCCGGUGACUUCCCCCCUGCAGACCCUUCCUUAAAGCAGAAGCUGCUGCCCCGGGUGAUGGCCAUGAUCGGAUGAGCCGGGAAGCUCCGCAGCCCCCCCCCCCGCCCCCCCCCCUGCCCCCCCCGCCCCCCCCCCCCCCCCCGGCUCUGCCCCCCGCAGAUCACAGAUCACAAAGCACAUUCCUGACACCCCAGAGAGCAGGAGCGGUUUGCCUGAAUCCCAUCACCCCUCAGGCCAGGUCCCUCCCCCACCCCAUCUUCCACGGCCACCUAAAAAGCGCUAGAGGAGGACAGCACACUCAGACCUGGUCUCCUUAAUCACCCCUUUCCUUUGCAGUUUGGCAAAUAAACCUGGGCUUAGCCUGAGCCGCCACUGCUAA